AAUAAAAAUAAAAAUAAAAAUAAACCCUUAUCUCUUUUUCUCUCUUCCCCUCAACACCUCAUACCUUCUUAUCAUCUAAAAAGCCCAGUACUAAUAACAAUAAUAAUAAAAUAAAUUCGUUACAGUAGUCAUCAAUGGAGGACGAGUACGACAACGUGGAGAUCCCAUGCUACUUCAUCUGCCCAAUCUCCAUGCACCUCAUGAAGGACCCCGUCACCGUCUCCACCGGAAUAACCUACGACCGGGAAAGCAUCAAGAAAUGGCUCCACUUUUCCCGCCGGACCAAAACCGAGCCUCUCACCUGUCCUGUCACCAAACAGGCCCUAGACGACCCAAGCCUGACUCCGAACCACACCCUCCGGCGCCUGAUCCAGGCUUGGUGCACCCUCAACUCCCUCCACAAGAUCCCCACUCCUAAGCCUCAGCUCGAAAAAUCUCAGAUCGUCAACAUAUUGAAGGAGGGUGAGGAGUCGCCGGGAUCGAUGGAUAACCUCUCGGAUUCGGAUCUGAGGGCGUUUUUUGGGUCGGAUCUAUUGGAUCCGUUGAUUCGUGUGUUGGGUAAUAGAGACUGCAAUAGUCGCGCUCGGGCGAUGUUAUUGUUGAAAUCGGCAUUCGAUGUGGCCGACCCGGAACAUUUGAUUGGGGCCCGGCCCGAGGUUUUUGUCCAGACGACCCACAUUCUGCGCGACAGGAUCUCACAGCAAGCCUCGAAAGCGGCACUGAAGCUGCUGAUGGAGCUGUGCGCGUGGGGAAGGAACCGAGUCAAGGCAGUGGAGUCUGGAGCGGUUUACGCACUUGUGGAGCUUCUCAUUGACGAACGAGCAGCCGACAGACGGACGUGUGAGCUGGCGCUAACUGUGCUCGACCAGCUGUGCAACUGCGCGGAAGGGCGAGCUGAACUACUGAGCCACGGGGCAGGGCUGGCAAUCGUGUCCAAGAAGAUACUUAGGGUUUCGCAUGCGGCCAGCGAGAAGGGGGUGAGGAUAGUGGGGUCGGUGUCGAGAUAUUCGAGUUGUUCGAGGAUACUUCAGGAAAUGCUGCAGGUUGGGGUGGUGGCGAAGCUGUGCCUUGUGCAGCAAGUCGAGGCUAACAGGAAGACGAAAGAGAGGGCGAGGGAGAUACUGAGGUUGCACUCUAGGUUUUGGAGAGGAUCAUCGUGUGUUCCUUCGCAUUUGCGCGCUUCUUAUCCAUGAAUUUUGGUUUUAUUUAAUUUUUUUGGAUAAAUUGUGGAGUUUGAUGGAUUGAGGAAUGAGGAAUGGGGCGAUGUAAGUUUUGGCCCAUUUUUUUGACAUAUGUUAAGUCAAAUUAUUUAUAGGAAUUAUUGUAGUGCAAUUAGUUGAAGUAUUUACAUGAAAUUAAGGCAAGUGUAUAUUGGAAAUGAAAGGAAAACUCUAUGAUGGGAGUGUUGUUUCUUCCAAAAAUUGGAGUAGUGUGUAUUUUCUCGCUAAA